GCGCGAUCUAGCCGUAGCUGUAGCCGAAGUCGCCGUUUCGGACACGGCCUUAGUACUUCCUGGAUAGACUCCAGACACGAUUUGGUUGACCACAGAAAAGAAAGCCUAUUACGUGGUCAUCAACAAGGCAAACAGCGGACCAUGAUGGAGGAGAGUGGCAUCACAUGAUCGCUGGUGAUGGUCACGACGACCAUCGAGAACGCACCCAAACCCAGGCUUUGGUUUAUCAAUUAAGUCUGGCCUUUUGUCCGCAGCUUUCUACACUUUUGCAAAAGGGUCCCCCCCCCUCCUGAAGCAAAAUGGCUGGUGAUAGACCAAGAGACCAUAAUGAAUUACUUCUAGUUUUGAAAAGGACUUUAACCGAUGAAGCUUUGGGGGACAUGAAGAUGGUAGUCAGAGCAAGAGAAUUUGGCGGCUUCCUAGACGCGGAGCUUGAGAAAAUAAAGUAUGUAAGGGACAUGCUAUUUGCGCUGGAGGUCAAGGGAGUCAUAGGAGUCGGCCACUAUGGAAACCUAAGAGAAAUUAUGAAGAGCAUUGACUAUGUGGCAGUUAUUGCAGAUAUUGAUCGGACAGAACAAUACUUGAAAGAAAAAGGUUAUGCUAUUGUAUCGGCAGCUUCCAAUACUCAGACGACAUCUACGAGGGUUGCACAAACACAUCGGCUUCAAGAUAACUCCAGUGGGAUCUCUUUAGCAAUUGGACAACUUGAAGAGCUGGCGAUCACAAACACACCUGAGUUGGACGAAUUACGUCCUAGGUUACUGAAAGCUGCCGCUCAUCAGCAAGCUGCUUUUGAAUCGCCCAGUAAUGAUAUUGCAUCGGCAGUUUCAAAUACUCAGAUGACAACCACGAGGGUUUCACAACCACAUCAGCCUCGAGAUAACUCCAGUGGUAAUACUCAGAUGACAACCACAAGCGUUUCACAAUCACAAGAACCCACAGAUAACUCCAGUGGUAACACUCAGUUGACAACCAUGAGCGUUUCACAACCACAAGAACCUCCAAAAAACUCCAGUGGUAAAACUCGGAUGAAAACCAAGAGGGUUUCACAACAACAUCAGCCUCGAGAUAACUCCAGAGGAGAAACUUCUAGAACUACAGAUGGACCCAGUCAGGCUGCUGAUAAGUUCGAGGGGAGUUUGAGAAAACGAUAUAUGGCCACUGGUAGCUUUGUGCAGAUAAUUCCGUUGGUUGGGGAUGAUACGAAACCCAUCAGCGACAUCUACACGAAGCUGAAGCUACAAUAUACCGAAUACAGAGGAAAACCACUGAAGUCAUACGAGGACAUCUUCUUGGAGAAGACCAAGGAAGGGGAUUCAAUACGAAGAAUCGUUCUGAAAGGAAGAGCUGGUAUCGGGAAGUCGGCUCUUGUUGACAAGAUGGCUUUCGAUUGGGCAAACGGUAAUCAAAAACUCCAGGAGUACAAGCUCGUGCUCAUCUUGAAGAUGUUCGCUUUAGAAGACUCCAACGAGCUAAUUGAUGCCAUCUUUCACCAGCUCAUAGAUGAAGACCAAGAUAUAAAUAAAGACGAUCUGUGGUCAUAUAUUACUGGCAACCCUGCAAAGGUGCUGAUUCUCUUCGAUGGUUUUGAUGAGUUUAAGACCACCAACGUUUCAGAGGCAUCAUCGUCGUCUGGUAACAUCUAUCAAAUCCUAAAUCGUAAGGUACUCGGAGGAAGUUGUGUUGUGGUAACAACUCGUCACUCUCACUUCCAUAAACUUGUGGGCAAAUCACUGAUCGGGAAACCUUUUGUUAAAGUACAAGUACUUGGAUUUACUGAACAGGAUAUUAAGCAGUACAUUGGCGAAUUUUUCUCUCGGGAACAUGAUCGAGCAGAGGGACUCAUCCGUACAAUUAAAUCCUCAGAUGACCUGUUUGAUUUGGCGACUAGUCCUCUGCUCUUGCUCUUAAUGUGUUUAGUAUGGAGAGAGCAGUCGACAAUUCCAGACACAAUGUUUCGUCUUUACAAAGAUGCCUUGGGGUACAUGUUCAAGAGAAACCGACUUCCACCAGAUGAGGCCUCACAAGUUGUGACAAAAGUCGGAAAGAAUGCUUUGGAUGAUCUGCUGUCACCGCAUCAGUUUCUUUCAUUUAAAGAAGGCGACUUUGAAGACGGGGCGCUAAGGUCUGCAUUGAAAGCAGGUGUUCUCACCAGCCAAAGGGUCGUCAGAGGACUUGACACUCGACACAGCGUAUGUUUCAACCACCGAACCUUCCAGGAGUACUGUGCGGCCAUCUUCUUCCAACGCUUACUUCAAACUGAUAAAGGUCAGUUUAACACAAAUCUUGACCGGGUUGGAAACGUCAUGAGAAAUGGUUCCCAAAGUUUGGAGUACUUUCUGCGUUUUUGUUGUGGUGACAAUCAGUUCUGCACAAACAAGGUGUUAAGCCUUAUACAGAAAUGCCAAAGAUCAACGUUCGAGGAGGAGUUGUCGCUCAAGUGUUACUUUGAAGGCCAGUUUGCGGACCUACCUUCAGUGGAUUUGGUCUCGGAGGACAUGAUGAUUGAAGGUUACAGCAAUGAUGGUCUGCGGGCGUUAUUCUACUAUCUGAAACGUGUGAAUGCUGAUGACAAAAAGCAAGGCAGACGAAAUACCAAAUUCAAGAAAGUAACAAGUCUGUUAAUCAGCAAAAGCGAUUGGUAAAGCUUCGGUGAGUAUUUGAAAGAGGUGAUGAGUGGAAUGACAAAUCUCUCCACUUUUAACCUAGAUGGUUGUGAGGUUACUCCUGCCAGUAGUAGUAGUUGAGUCAGAGAGGUUGUCUUCAACCGACGCCAUCUCGGGAACCUCUGAUGGUCGUCUUCCAUGCAUCCCGGUCCAGCAUCAGCUUCCGAAGCUCCUUUUGUUGCGUCCUUCUUCAGCUGAUCUACGAAUGUUAGUCUCUUCCUGCCCUUGCUCCUGUUUCCAUCGAUGGGUUCACAAAGAACUUACGGGCUCACAGCUAGCACUGGAUGGCGGAUACAGUGGCCCCCUCCCGCCCCGAGCCCCUACUUUUGUAAUGGACAUUUAUCAUGAUUCUGUCCCGAUCAUGUUCCCUGUAUUCACAAGCAUUAAAGAGCGCUGACUCUCGUCCCACAUAGCGGAAGCCAGACUAUCUCUUCAAAGCCUCAAUUUAGGUACCCGAGCCUAGGCAUGGAAUUACACGCAGUGCCCCUUCAAAAGUUUCCAAUUGACUUUAAGAUUUUCCAAAGGAAGUGCCCUUUGCAAAAUAAAAAUGGCCUUGCCCUUUCAAUGGUGAAACUCCAGGCCUCUGAACCAUGUCCCGAUUUGAAGCUGCGACUAUUGCAGAGGGCGCUCUAUUUGACAACGCUCAUUCACAAAGGUGCAUAUUGGUAUAGAUAUGGAUCAAAUUUGAUCACCAGCUAGACCACAAUGCACCUAAUUCCAAGCUUUACGC